UCUGUGUCUUCUAAUUGGUUUGUUUAUAAAAAACAUAUAAAAGAAGUAUCUGCAUACACGCAAAAAGACUUUGGAACUAAAACUUAAUGCUUAAAACGUAAUGUGUAUGGCCUGGUCUGGAUUUGUUUUUAUUUUAUGUUUGGGCUGGUGAUUAAGAAAUAAGUCUUUUUUUGUGGCCGACCCCAGAGAACGUGUGCGCGUUUUACACUUCAGUAUCAGACAUUUGCAUCGGGGCCUGGUGUUCAUGUUAUGAUAAGUAACUGUUUUACUUGUAAAUAACCAAAGCACACACAAGUACUGCGUCUCUUUUUUUUAGGUUUCAACAAUUAGUAAUUUGGAGAUGCUGCAGACACAGUCACAGAAAGCCAAUUGAAAUGUGGCAUAAUGCUACUGCAUAAUACACUAGUUUGAAAUAAUUCUCCGACAAUGAAUGCUUUGUUGGAAGCUCGAGUAUUUUUCCACUAAUAGAUCAGGUUCCAAGGAUGAAAAUCAACCGGUCUUCAUUUGUGUAUAGCGGGGGGUUCUAUUUCGAAAGGUUUCAAUUCAGCAACCCUGAAAGAAGCCAGUUUUUUCAUUACUGUUCUUGAUCAAGCUACCAUGAAUGUUGCUUUUAAAGUCUGAAAAGCCACAGAUGCAAUACAUACCACAAUUGAGGGACACUCUUAAACACUGUUCAGUUUUACCAGUUUGGUCAAGUGUGUCUUUUAAAGUUAACUGCAACUUUGAUACACACCGUCUUCUACGCUGAUGUGGCCUUAAGAUUGGAGAAGGGAACUGUGUUGAUUAAAAGUGCUGGGGUGAAUAUGUCUGCCGGGAGUUAUAGUGGACUGCAUACUGGUAAAUAUCGAUGUAUUCAGGGCUGGCAAAUGUUACUUGUGGUGUAUCGAUAAAUGCUGUGACUUAAACAGCCGAUGUAGAGGACUGAACCUUGGUACUGCCAUAGAACAAGCCAUGGGAACACAAUGAUGCAAAAAAAUGCCGAUAUGAGUAAUUAAGUAUGGGUGUUUACACUAACAAGUGAUAUUAUGCUAAAUUAAUGUUUUUUGUACUUUUUUGGCUUAAUCAGAAACUUAAAAUAUGAAAAGCAGAAAAGGAGAGAGGACAUUUAUUCUUAACAAUGAAAAACAUAACUGACAGCCUGGAUUUGAUGUUGUAUUACCGUUAUGUGCCGCUAGAGGCAGGCUUGGUGGGGUUUUUAGUCACCGUUGUACUACUACUAGCGAAGUCCCGUGACUUAAAAAACUGCACUGAACUUUGAGUGUGUGAAGUAUAGACGUUGUCAUCUAAUCAGCGUUUCAAAGAACGUUAAUUGGCAUGGAUGUAGUCGAUAUUUUUUUUUUCUAGGGAAACAUAAAUGCUCUGUGACGUAACUACUACUUCAAAACAACGAAUCGUAGUGGUCUGGUUUACAUAGUACAUUCGUUGGCAUUGUCCCGACACGUCAUUGUAACAAUUCUCUAAGCAAGCAGAGGAAGAGAAGGAGAAGGAGAAGGAGAAGGACGCUUUUAAAAGUUUCGCGAAGCGGAGUGACAUGAUGGGAUUUCAGAUGUCCACCCUUAUGCUUUGCUUUGUUGGAUCUGAACCUUGAAAAUCCUUUUUUCUCAUCUGUUACUCUUGAGUCGUCGCCAGCCUGUGCGUUUGAACAAGAUGGAUGCUGAACCAAGCUGCCCCUAUGUUAGCAUUCCCUGCCAUAAUGAGCAACGGGACAAAAAGAAGCGGUAUACUGUUUACAAAGUAAUGGUUUCUGUCGGCAGACAUGAAUGGUUUGUCUUCAGGAGAUAUGCAGAAUUUGAUAAACUCUACAACGCACUAAAGAAACAGUUUCCUAACAUAAACUUGAAGCUCCCAGCGAAACGAAUAUUUGGUGACAACUUUGAUCCAGAAUUUAUAAAGCAAAGAAGAUCAGGGCUGAAUGAAUUUAUUCAGAACUUGGUCACACAUCCUCAACUAAGUAACCAUCCUGAUGUGAGGGCAUUUCUUCUGAUGGACAAACCAAAUAAUCUUUCUGAUCCUUCAGAAGAUGAUGAAGAAAAACACAACUCUACCUCCAGUGAUAUUAACCUGGGUCCAUCUGGAAAUCCUCAAGCUAAACCAACCAACUUUGACUUCCUCAAAGUCAUUGGAAAAGGGAGCUUUGGAAAGGUUCUUCUUGCAAAACAUAAACUGGACAAUACAUAUUAUGCGAUCAAAGUCUUACAGAAAAGAGUCAUUCUUAACCGGAGAGAGCAAAAACACAUAAUGGCUGAACGCAACGUGCUGCUAAAGAAUAUAAAACAUCCUUUCUUGGUUAGGCUACAUUAUUCUUUCCAAACAACAGACAAGCUUUACUUUGUGCUGGAUUUCAUUAAUGGAGGAGAGCUGUUUUUCCAUCUACAAAGGGAACGCACCUUUCCAGAGCCUAGAGCCAGGUUUUACAUUGCCGAAAUGGCGAGUGCACUGGGCUACUUGCAUUCAAUAAAUAUUGUUUACAGGGAUUUGAAACCAGAGAACAUUUUACUAGACUCCCAAGGUCACAUAGUUUUAACUGAUUUUGGGCUGUGCAAAGAAGGAAUUUCUCAGGACGACACCACAAAUACUUUUUGUGGGACACCGGAAUACCUUGCACCAGAGGUCCUGAGAAAGCAGCCCUAUGACAAUACAGUGGACUGGUGGUGUCUUGGCUCUGUCCUGUAUGAGAUGCUCUAUGGACUGCCUCCAUUUUAUAGCCGAGAUACUGCUGAGAUGUAUGAAAACAUACUUCACAAGCCACUGACCGUUAGGCCUGGAGCUACCAGUGCUGCCUGGUCUAUUCUGGAAGGAUUGCUGGAAAAAGAACGGACAAAGAGAUUGGGAUCAAACGAUGAUUUUGCUGGUCCCGAAGACAUCCAGAACUUUGAUACCGAAUUUACAGAAGAAACGGUCCCACACUCUGUGUGCUGUUCUUCUGAGCAGUCCAUUAACGCUAGCGUACUCGAGGCAGAUGAUGCAUUUGUUGGAUUUUCCUACGCACCCCCUUCUGAAGACUCAUUCCUCUAGAAUGACUCCUCUGCCUGGACUGAUGCUGCGGAAAUUACUUGUAUAAUAAAGCUGUACAACACAGACCUAAAACUAAAGCCUUCUGAAGACUCGGGGAAAUACUAAACAUAGCCUUACUUUUUCCAAAAAGCCUUUACCUGACAAGGGAUAAUUCUUAAUUCAGUUCACUGUGCAUAGUAUCAAGCCUAGAUGUGUCUGCACUGUUGUUUUCAUGCAAAAUAUUGCAUUUAUUUAUUUAUUAUUUUUUCUUCAGGAUAUAUGGUGAAACAUUUAGAGAUUGAUUCAUAUUCAUUUAAGUAGUCUUUUAGUCAUAUCUUAUUUUUCAGUUUCAAUAAAUAACAUUUGAUUAAAGUCACUUACUGAUUGAUAAAUUUCUGCAGCCAACUUCUACUAUGUGUAUAUUUGCAACCUUGUGCUUUUGAAACAUUUCUAAUAUAAUCUAUUGAGUAAUUGCACUCUGUAUACACUGUAGUAUUUGUUUGUUAAAAUAUCAUGGCAUAGGAUACAUUUUUUACCUUCAAAAGACAUGGUGCAGGUAGAAUGUUCUAAUGCUAUUUCAAGACCUGUUUAUCAAAAAAUAUUUGUUUACAAGUUGUGAAAUAUGAGUCCUUUUGGGACUAUCGCAUAAAAAAAUAAAUAUUCGUGGACUACAAAAUGAA